AUGGCAUUCCCUGGCAAGGUCACUGUCUCCAUCAUCAUCCCGUUCAUGUACACGGCAUCAGCGGUGCUCCGUACGGAUAUUGACAUGUACCGGUUAUUGCAAUGCCUGUCAUGGGGGCCAGUCGUGCCACCGUACAUCCGGUUCGUCGUCCAGUGA